ACCAUUCACAAAGCGGCCUCAUAAUUUGCCAUUAUCCUUUUCUCCUGCUUCUCAGCUAGCGAUGGGACCCGUGAAGGGCUCAUGGGCUUCCCGGAUGGCGUCCCUAUCUCGCUUCUGGCACCCGUCAUAUGCCUUUGAUUAUCUUGGGUUUGUCCUACUCGUCAUCACGUUAUUUUUGGUGCGCUACUUCCUGGAGCCUGUGCAACAAAUGUUUCGACUAGACGACCACGCGAUCCAAUAUCCAUACGCCAGCGUCCAACGUGUCUCUUCUCGGGAGAACACCUUGAUUGCUGGAGCAGUUCCCCUGCUAGUCCUGGUCAUUUGGGCAAUUAUAGCAAGACCGGGCGUGCACAAGGCACACGUCACCAUCCUUGGACUGUUCUUUAGCGUCUACCUGACAUCUCUGAUUACGGACAUCAUUAAAAGUGCCAUAGGCCGUCCGCGGCCCGACUUGAUUUCUCGCUGCCAGCCUAAGCCGGGAACGCCGGGAUAUGCUUUGGUUACCAUUGCUGUCUGUACGCAACCCGAUCUUCGUACCCUUCUAGAUGGCUGGCGCAGUUUUCCGAGUGGCCACAGCAGCUGGGCAUUUUCCGGCCUUGGAUAUCUAAGCUUGUUCCUGGCUGGUCAGAUGCACGUUUUUCGACCGCGUACCGACCUCGCCAGUAUUCUCCUUUUCCUGGCACCGCUAGUUUGUGCAGCAUUGGUGGCGAUGUCGCGGCUAGCAGACUACCGACACGAUAUAUGGGACGUUUCCUCCGGCAGUCUGCUGGGCCUGGUGAUCGCAUACACGACCUAUCGACGAGACUAUCGGCCACUCACACACCCAGAUUGUGAUGUACCAUACAUCAAAAAGGCGGAACAGUCCUUGCCCCGAGCAGCGACACCCCAAUUUGGCAGUCCGGAGCAACAGCAGCAUCUGCUUGCAGCUGAAGACACUGAAGACAUAGAACUCCUUGAAACAUUCCGCAUCGACGAUGAUGAAGCCAGCGGUCGUCAAGACAUUGAAUUGGGCUACGAUACCGAUCAAGCCACGAAGCACGAUGCUACGCGCACAUAUAAUCGCUCAUCAAGACGCUCUUCGAAGCUCAAGAGCCUUGAGAAUUCGUCUAUACCAAACCGCCGUGGGAAACUGCGCUAUUGGGCAGGUCGCCAUGUUGUCUCAAGAUCUCGAAAACUUCUCGUCCGGAAAUUGAGGGAAUCAUCUCUGAUGAAAGCGGCCUUGAUGUUAUUAGGAGUAGUUCAGGGCAUCUCAUCCUUGAACUCCUUUCUUGGGGCGGUGUUCCCCGACGGUCUGGAUCUGAUCUCUGGCCCGUUCAAAGAGACCCUUCGACUCAGCGAUGGAAGCCUAGAACGCCUCACCGCCGGUGUUCAGCCCAUCAUGUGUCAUUCCCAUGACGAUUAUUUUCGGGCCGAGCCUCUUUACCGAGCUAUUCGGGCUGGCUGUACGAGCGUCGAAGCCGAUCUUUGGCAAGUCGACGAUGAACUCUAUGUCGCACGCACAAUUGCCGGGAUACGCCAGAAUCGAACCCUGAAGACCUUAUAUCUGGACCCGCUACAGGACAUUCUCAGCCACCAAAAUCGAGUCGCAGACUUUGUUGGGUCCACGGCGAGCGAAGUCAAUGGCAUUUUUUCGGCCGAUCCAAAGCAGUCGCUCGUGCUGCUGGUCGAGUUCAAAAACAAUCCCGACAUGAUAUGGCACCGGCUAUCGGCCGACAUUGCACCACUCCGUGAACGCAACUAUUUGAGUUAUUUCAACGGAACGGCGGUUGUGCCCGGCCCUGUGACGAUUGUUGCGUCCGGAAGCGCACCGUUCAAUUGCGUGGUUCAAAGUUCGACUUAUCGAGACAUCUUCUAUGAUGCGCCGUUGGAUUUAAUGUCCUCUUUACCAACCCGGCUGCUAUCGUCCAAUUCCUCAACCUAUGAAAAAACCCCGUCCAGCGCAGGGGUAGAUCACGAGGAUCUCUCUCCUUAUCCACAGAACCCGGACGUCUACUCUCCGGCCAACUCCUAUUUUGCUUCCACAUCCUUCAUCAAGUCCAUUGGAUAUCCGUGGCACUCUUCAUUAUCCCAGGUGCAGCUCGACCGCAUCCGCAAGCAGAUCAGCGGGGCCCAUUCUCGCGGCCUGAAGGUCCGAUACUGGGGAAUCCCGGCGUGGCCUGUUGGGCUGCGAAAUUAUGUCUGGCGGGUGCUAGUCCGGGAAGGGGUAGAUUACUUGAGCGUCGACGUUAUCGAUGCCGCGACGAAAGAGAAUUGGGGCCCGAGGAAGGGCGGAUGGGGCAAGAAGUGGUGGCAAUAAAUGGAGACCGGUACAGAGAUUGCCGACACAUUGACGGAUCAAACCUUGACCUUCUACAACGAUAACGAGGGAACUUCUGCCAGGAGGCUGUACAACGCCCUCUACCACCGGUCUCCACGACGUCGAAACACUCGACCCAAGGACUUGGCUUUUUGCCUGAUAAGUAUCAUCUGCCUUGAAAUCCGUUCACAGAACUUCUUCGAAGUUGGAAAUGCGUCUGGACAAUUUCCUCGUGGUCUGGGUCGACCCUGGAAACGACAGAUGUGAAGCUUAUCCUCGCGAAUAGUCCUCUUAGGCCUUCAAUGGACAUCUUUUUUUCUUGGGGGAAAGGACGACGGUCGAUAGCCUGCCACAUCACUUUAGUGGACGAGGUCAUGAAAGCCGGAAGACGGAGGAAGAACGCGCCACGUAUACAGAAUACUGUGCCGAGGGACAUAUCUUUGUUGUUCUCGAUACUCAAGAAUUACAGCGGACAACAGAAAGAGGGUACGCUGAGUAAGAGAUACGCAACAAUCCUGUCGCAGAGCUGGCUUUGUGCUUCAGGUUGGCAGGUUCAACCUCGUAGUUGACCUUCUAACAGCAUGGCUACAUCAGGAGGGGUACUCAGUUCCUCAUCAGGGUCGACCUAAAUUCGUGUCCGUCGUCCAGGCAUGUAGCAUGAGGAUUAGGCCAUCGUACCGAGGAAAAAUUGAUCCGUGUUGAAAUCCUCGUCCAGCAUGAAGUCGGGCGGGAAUCCGGUCCCGAAGCCGCCAGGAUAUAGAGGUCCUCGAACGGGAUUGGUGAAUGAGCCGGUCAACUCCAACGUCGACACUGUGGGGGCAAUCAUGAAAGACGAGGCAUCCAUGAUCAGGUCGGAGCCUUGUCGGACGUCCCUUUCGGCAGCCGAGAUAGAGGCACUCGCGCCCGCCAACUGGGAUGGCGAGCAGCCAUGGUGAUCGCUGCGGGCUCGGCCCUUGGUGCCCACCUGGCGGAGGGAAGCCAUGUAUGUGGCGGCAAGGGAGCUUUGUUGGCACCCGUCAUCGAGGAAUCUCAUCCCCAUCUCGAGCACCUCGUCCUCGCCGGAUUCGCCGAGCGAGUCCAGCUUGGUCUUGUCGAGAGUUUGGAGGCAUUGGAGGACGCCCAUGGACGAAAAGACAUCUUGAACGCGGCCAGUUAGAUGAGCAGCCAGUAUUGGUAGAAAAUUUGACUCACAGUGUAGAUUUUG